AUGAAACGAUUUAUCCUCGCAGCUUCCUUGGCUAUCGCUACCGCUGCACCUUCCAGUUACAAGGCGGAAUACAAAGCUCCCAGUUACCCUACCCCAAGCUACACUGCACCAAACUUUGCUCAGUCUGACUACACUACCCGUGAGGAGUCUCAGGUCCAGAAGAAGAUGCAAGGAGUCACCUAUGAUUCUUACGGCAUAGAAUCGUACGGUGAAGUCCUAGGCAACGCCAACAAAGGAUCAUCUUACGGGGUUUCUCCUGAAGGCCAGAAAUUCACCUUGACGUGGAUUGCUGAUGUUGCCGGAUUCCAGCCCAAGGGUGACCAUUUGCCAGUCGCUCCCGUCCACGUCUACGAGCUCCCAGUUGCUCCUGUUCACGAAUACGAACUUCCAGUUGCCCCUGCUCUCCCUUAUGCGCGCACCGGACUCGGCUAUUAA